UUUUUCCUGUGCUUGUGUUUCCUUGGGAAACUGCCCCGCUUCAAAGGGGACGAAGCACAACCUGAACUUGAACCUGCGCGACGUACCCUGGCCAGAACGGGCAGAAUGAUAACUUCGCGGAAAUUAUCGACGGACCAAAAACAGCAAGCAUAACACAUAGCAUUGGAGGUAAACGAAAGAAAGAGUUUAAAGCUGUUGCUUGCAUGUGCGCACACUAUGCAAAGUGGUGCUGGUGGCUGCUGGACCCUCGAUACAAACCGUGCCCCUACAUUCCAUCCAUCCAUCUACGCGUGGUUGAUUUGAUGAUGUGGUGUCCUCAUUCCUCGCACUUUUCUCGAUGCCGGAUUGUCCAACAAGAAAAACAACCAAGGAGUACCUGGAGCAGUACCUCGAACAGAAAGACAGAGACAGCGUGCUCAAGUAAAUAGAAGAAGAAACAGCUACAGAAAACAGGGAUGACAGCAGCGAGCAGUCUAUUCCGCAUUAAGGAAGAAGCAUGAGGCACUUGUGUGUUUGAGUCAUCACAUCAUCACCUUCGAUCCACGACUCCAAGAAAUGCAGUUCUUCGCAGAGUUCAACGGGGGUCAGCUCAUGAGAGUAAAAUCGGAACCACCUGAUGCUGCGUGCCUACUGGAAGAGGACCGGAUCAAGCACCGCAGCGAUUCUCCACCAGGAGGCAGUACUGAUGGGGCGACUCCCGGGAUGUGUCAUAUUAAAGAAGAACCCCGAGAUGAACAACCAGUCACAGUAGUGAAAACGGAGCCUUACAAUGUUGCAAUCUUGGCAGGGCAGGAACCAAUAGAGCACAAAGUCCAGCAACGGCACUGCGGAGGGUCCGCAUCAGAAGGUGAUAAUUACGGGGCGAAUCCCGGGAUGUGUCAUAUUAAAGAAGAACCCCGAGAUGAAGAUAAACAACCAAUCACAGUAGUGAAAACGAAACGGAGCCUUACAAUGUCGCAAUCUUGGCAGGGCAGGAACCAAUGGAGCGCAAAGUCCAGCAACGGCACUGCGGAGUGGGCGACUCCCGGGAUGUGUCAUAUUAAAGAAGAACCCCGAGAUGAAGAUAAACAACCAAUCGCAGUAGUGAAAACGGAGCCUUACAAUGUCGCAAUCUUGGCAGGGCAGGAACCAAUGGAGCGCAAAGUCCAGCAAUGGCACUGCGGAGUGUCCAAAUCAGAAGGGGCGACUCCUGGGAUGUGUCAUAUUAAAGAAGAACCCCGGGAGGAAGAUAAACAACCGAUCACAGUAGUGAAAACGGAGCCUUACAAUGUCGCAAUCUUGGCAGGGCAGGAACAAAUGGAGCACAAAGCCCAGCAACGGCACUGCGGAGUGUCCACAUCAGAAGGGGCGACUCCUGGGAUGUGUCAUAUUAAAGAAGAACCCCGAGAUGAAGAUAAACAACCAAUCACAGUAGUGAAAACGGAGCCUUACAAUGUCACAAUCUUGGCAGGGCAGGAACAAAUGGAGCACAAAGUCCAGCAACGACACAGCGGAGGAUCCGCAUCAGAAGGUGAUAAUUAUGGAGCAAGAGAAGGCACAAGGAUGCUUCAUCUUGAGAAACAGCCCAGAGGACCUUGUAGUCGAGCGUCUACAAGUUGCGCUUCUUCAAAUCUACUCUUCAAUACAAACGCAACAACAGACGAACCACAAUUCGACAACAGUUCACUGGUGACUACCAGCGAUCGACUUUCAGAUCAGAGCAAGGCUUGGGAGGCAGGCAAAUCGACGACGUUUGCCCAUGAGAAAGACAGGUUGUACAAGUGCACUGUUUGUUUGGCUACAUGCAUUGACAUUGGCCACCUGGAAGAUCACCUCAUGGCUCACAAAACAAAGCCACUUACCUGCAACACAUGUUCCGCGGCAUUCUGUGAUGCAUCAACUCUGCGAGCGCAUGCAAAAAGUCACACGGGAGAAGGGUUGCACAAGUACGCGACACUUGUACGCGCAAUGGGUGCAUGCAAGGGCGACCUCGGCCCCGCAGAGUUCAGCCAGGGCACGAGCCUGUCGGAUCAUAAUCGAACACAAACGGGUGUGAAACUAUACAAGUGCAAUCUAUGCCAUGCAGAGUUCAGGGAUGUCACAAAGCUGCGGAGUCACAAGUUAACACACAAGGGCGAGAGGCCAUACAAGUGUGAUCUCUGUCCUGCAGACUACAGCCAGAGAACAUACCUGUUGCAACACAAGCGAACACACACAGGUAAGAAGCCAUACAAGUGCGAUCUCUGCAGUGCAGAGUUCUAUGUCAGCAGAACGCUGCGGCAUCACAAGCAAACACACACGGGGGAGAGGCCAUACAAGUGCGACCUCUGUCCUGCAGAGUACAUGCAGAGCACAAGCCUGUUGCAUCACAAGCGAACGCACACAGGUGAGAAGCCAUACAAGUGCGAUCUCUGCCAUGCAGAGUUCUAUGACAGCACGAAGCUGCAGCAUCACAUGCGAAAACACACGGAUGGAACACCAUAUAAGUGUGAUGUCUGUCCUGCAGCGUUCAGCAGCAGGACAAGCCUGUCAUAUCACAAGCAAAAACACGUGGGUGACACGCCCUUUAAGUGCGACCUCUGUCCUGCAGAGUUCAUGCUGAACCACUACCUGCAGUGUCACAGGCGAAUCCACACAAGCGAAAAGCCAUACAAGUGUGGUCUCUGUCCUGCAGGGUACAGCAUAGAACGAGCCUGUCACGUCACAUGCGAACACACACGGGUGAGAAGCCAUACAAGUGUGGUAUCUGCCAUGCAGGGUUCAGCGAGAGAACAACGCUGAAACGUCACAAACGAACACACACAGGCGAGAGGCCAUACAAGUGCGACCUCUGUCCUGCAGAGUUCAACCGGAGCUUGAACAUGCAGAGUCACAGGCAAACACACAUGGGUGAGAACCCACACAAGGGUGGUCUCUGUAGUGCAGAGUUCAGCGAGAGCACAGAACUACAGAGUCACAUGCAAACACACGUGGGUGAGAGGCCAUACAAGUGUGAUCUCUGUCCCGCAAAAUUCAGCUACAGCCGAAGCCUGUCGUGUCACAUGCGAACUCACUGGGCAAGAAGCCAUAAAAGUGCGAAGAGUUCAGUGCGAAGCUGAGGAAUUACAAGUGAACAUGCGUGAGCGAAAAGCCAUUUAAGCGCAAUCUCUCUCCUGAGGAGUUCAGCCAGAGCAGAAGCCCGUCGAACACCCAAGGGUGAAACGCCAUACAAGUGUGAUCUCUGCCUUGCAGUGUUCAGUUAGAGCACUUGUCUGCACAAUCACAAGUAGACUCAUAUGAGCGAAAAGCCACAAACAUGCGACCGCUGUCCUGUAGGGCCAACAGCGGGAGCUGUGAUGUUAGAAUCAGACAUGCAUGAUCUAGAAGCCCUACAAGUGCGAUCUCUCUCCUGCAGAGCCCAACGAGAGCACAAGCCUUUCAUGUCGCAAGUAAACACACACAUGGGUGACACACCAUCUCUGUGUGUCAGAGUUCAGUCAGAGCAUGAGUGUGCCUAAUCAAAGGUGGACACACACGGGUGAGAAGCCAUAAAUGUGUGACCUCGCUUCUGACGUGUUCACCCGCAACAACUUGCAGUGUCAGAAGUGGACACACGAGGAGCCCUAGAAAGGCGAUCUCUCUCUGGGAGAAUUUUAGCCAGAGUGCAGACCUGGGGCAUCGCAAGUGGGCACACACAGGUGAGAGGCCACACAAGAGCAAUCUCUGCUCUGCGUACUUCAGGCAGAGCACAAACCUGCAGCGUUACAAGUGGGCCUACAUGGGCGUGAUGCCAUGCAAAUGCAACCUCUGUACUGCGGGGUUUAUAGCCAUAGCAUGAAGACAGACCAGCCAGAGAAUUGGCCUGCUCAGCCAAAGCGAACCUGUUGGUUCAGAAGUAGUCAGGACACCCCUGGAUAGAAACCGUCCAAGUGCCAUGUACACAUGAAAGAGGCUGUCCGAAGUGUGAGUCGUGUUCCGUUACAUGUAUUGAAUCCAAGGACUUAAAGAAGCACAUGGUAAUGUACAGUGAGGAAUGGCUGUACAGAUGCUGUCUGUAUCCCACUGCAACUGAUUUCUCUGUGAUUUGAAACUCUCAUCCAUGAACAGAGUGAAAAAAGAGAAUUUUAUUGGAGCUGGAUUGGGUGGUGACACCUGUGAAAUGUAAAAAGAAAAAAAAGACAUCAUUCACAGGCUCUGAACAGUCAACCAGGGCCUACUUCAGUGAGCAAAUUGCUCUUGUGUCCGUUUCUGAUUCUAUUCCCGUAGUGAUCUUUUCUGAUUUUCUUCCUCUUGUUUUAUGCCCUACGUCUCCUCUAACGCUAAAAUGAACAAAUAAGUCGAACCAAAGAAAUAAACAAU